UCUCUCAAAACUCUUCGAAACUCGGUGACAAUCGGACGACGACGACGGCAGUGCGAUUGUAGAAUUAUAUUUUUUCUAAUUUAUUUCCUCCCUGAUGGAAAUAAAAACCACAUAAAACUCAAGAAAUCUUUAACACACACACUUUCUUUAUCUUCCACAAUUUAAUAUCACUAAGAAGGAUUUUGUAUAAAUCCACAAACAUGACUCGAAACAGUAGACUACUAGAAUUUCUAGCACUCUUUGUGUUUCUCGGCUCUUUCGUUAUCAUCGCCGAAUCACAAAUUGCCGAAAAAUAUACCCAAAAUCAGUGUGUCAAUAAACGUACAUGUCAUGAAUGUAUACAGACAAAAAGUUGUGCCUGGUGUAUGAUGCCAAAUUUCACUGACAAACCAAGAUGCUUCCAGCCAAGCAUCCCACCCUUCGAUAUCUGUCCAGAACCUUAUACAUUUAAUCCAAGUUCCGAAAGAACUAUUAUACUUAAUCGAAGUUUAACAAAAGCCGGCUCAAUAAGCAGAGGCGGACAGAUGGUAUCAGGAGGAAGCUAUGAAGCUGGUUCUUCUUAUAGUGCAAGUGGAUCAAGUUAUCAAUCGUCCGAGUAUGGAUCUUCAGCAAGAGGAUCGAGCAGCUCGUCGGGAAGUUUUAGUGCUUCAAGUGAUUCUAUUGUUCAAUUGAGUCCACAAAGAGUCAAUCUUAAAUUGAGAAUAAAUGAACCAUCUAGAUUAAAUUUCCGUUAUUCACAAGCUCAAGAUUAUCCUGUCGAUUUGUAUUAUCUUAUGGACUUGUCAAAAUCCAUGGAAGACGAUAAGAAGAAACUCUCAACUCUGGGUGAUAGAUUAUCGGCGACAAUGAGAAAUAUUACAUCAAACUUUAAAUUGGGCUUCGGAUCGUUUGUCGAUAAAGUUCUAAUGCCAUAUGUUUCAACUAUACCCUCCAAACUGGCAGAGCCAUGCCAAGGUUGUAAAGCUCCCUACGGUUAUCGCAACCACAUGACUUUGAAUGUAGACACAAGGAAAUUUUCUGAAGAAGUACAUAAUGCUUCUGUAUCAGGAAACUUGGACGCACCCGAAGGUGGUUUCGAUGCAAUUAUGCAAGCUAUUGUUUGUCGCGAUCGCAUUGGUUGGAGAGAUCAAGCUCGUCGUCUUUUGGUCUUCUCCACAGAUGCAGGAUUCCAUUAUGCUGGUGAUGGCAAACUCGGUGGAGUUAUUGAACCCAACGACGGACAUUGUCAUUUAGAUGACAACGGUCUAUAUACACACUCGACCAUUCAGGAUUAUCCUAGUAUCUCUCAGAUUAAUCAUCAUGUUAAGAAAAAUUCAAUAAACGUCAUCUUCGCCGUUACUUCAACUCAAAUUAAUGUUUAUAAACAAUUAUCACAACAUAUUGAAGGAUCAUCAAGUGCUGUGUUGUCCGAUGAUUCAUCGAAUGUGGUCGAAUUAGUCAAAGAGGAAUAUGAAAAAAUUUCAUCUUCAAUCGAAAUGAAAGACAAUGCAAAUAGUUAUGUGAAAAUUCAAUAUUAUUCAAAUUGUUUGAAUGAAAAUGCUAGUCCAAUUCCAACUUACAAGUGUGAUGGCAUUAAAGUUGGAAAUACGGUUAAUUUCAGUGCUGAAAUCACUGUCACCGAGUGUCCAUCAAAUCCCAAAGACUGGAAACAACAAAUUCAAAUCUAUCCCGUUGGUAUCAAUGAAACUCUGAUCGUCGACUUGGAAAUGCUCUGCAGCUGUCCUUGUGAAAAUCCAGACCAUGCAUCGUUCGAACGGAAUUCGACCAAGUGCCAUAAUCAAGGAGAUUACAUGUGCGGAAUUUGUGAAUGCAAUGAGUUCAAUUUCGGUCGCACUUGUGAAUGCUCUAACUCGAAUAUUCAAGCCGAUACAGACCCCUUCAUUUGCAAAGCCGACAAUGUAACUGAUGUCGAAUGCAGUGGACGUGGAAACUGUGUGUGCGGUAUUUGUGAAUGCGAUAAGCGACCAAAUCCCGAAGAGGUGUAUUCUGGAAAAUACUGCGAGUGCGAUAAUUUCUCGUGUGAUCGUCAUAAUCAAUUGCUUUGCUCUGGCCCAGAUCAGGGUACUUGCAACUGCGGAGUUUGUGAUUGUAAGCCCGGUUGGACUGGAUCAGCUUGUGAUUGUUUAGCCUCGAACGAUACCUGUAAGGUGAAUGGUGAGGGAGAAAUUUGUUCAGGACACGGAGAGUGUGAAUGUGGCGUUUGCAAGUGUAUAGUAUCUGAAGAGGGUCGUUAUUCUGGUACCUAUUGUGAAAACUGUCCCACCUGUACCAAACGUUGUCUCGACCUUAAGGAUUGUGUUCAAUGUCAAAUGUGGAAAACAGGACCACUGAAAGAUGAAGCUGCCUGCGCUGCUAAUUGCACACUCUUUGUUCCAAUUACCGAAGAGAAGAAUGUAAACGACGAAGAUGCAAAUCGCGUUCCUUGCUCGUACUAUGACGAAGAUGAUUGCCGAUUCAAAUUCAAGUACACCGAAAUUGACGGCAAAAUCACAGUCUAUGCCCAAGAAGAGCGCGAAUGUCCACCCAAAGUGUUUAUGUUGGGUAUUGUAUUGGGAGUGAUUGCAGCUAUUGUUUUAGUUGGUUUGGCCAUUUUGUUGCUGUGGAAAUUGCUGACAACAAUUCACGAUCGACGAGAAUUUGCGCGAUUCGAAAAGGAGCGCAUGGCUGCUAAGUGGGAUGCUGGUGAAAAUCCAAUCUACAAGCAAGCCACAACGACAUUUAAGAAUCCCACAUACGCUGGAAAGUAAUAAGUUCGCUGCUAAUUGUGGAAGAUAUUUUAUUUAAUUUUUGUUUUCUGUUUUUUGUACCGAACACCGUCGCGUCGUCGUUUUGUUGAACGAAUUUGAUAAAAAAGUAUUCAAAAAGGAUAAUUUUAAAACUGCCGUAAGCUAGUGUUGCACUAUUUAUUAAAGUCUUCCCUAAUGACUUACUCCAACGAGUAUCAAAUCCAGUAUCUUAUCUUAUUUUUAUCGAACAUUAAAUUUGCACAACAUGACGGUGAUGAUUUAUUUUAACGAAUUAAGCGAUACAAUUUAUUUUAAACAACAAAUCUGUGUCUUAAGAAAUCAAAAAAAAAAAGAAAAUAAAACUAAUCAUGUGUGCCUGCUACUUACAUAAAUAUUUUAUGUAUAAAAUAAUAAUUUUAAAUAUUUUUUUGUUUAGCAAACAAAUCUAAACACAUGAUUUAUCAACUGCUGUUUGAAUCAUGCCGACUACUUAACUAAAUAAAAUAGACAGGUUUUCUUUUUUAAAUAUACAUAAAUAAAUAUUAAAGAAACAAAUAAAACGUCCACCGACAGAAAUCGUGUUGAUUUCUAUUUUGGUGUUUCCAACAGAUAAAUAAUUAAGCCUAUUUAUACUUUUAUACGUCAUUAUUAACAAUGCAGAUUUUAAUUUUGUGUUUUUUAACACUAGAAAGAUAAAAAAGAAACAACACUUUUAUAAUCAAAAGAAUUGUGUGCCUAUUAAUGCAUCCUUGUCUUUUUUGGCGGGAUAACCGAAAGAAAAAAAUUAUUAUUGUAUAGCCAAAUUAAUAUUAUAUAAAUAUAUGUAACUUUUAAAUUUAUACACCAUAGACUUAAUCAAGCGAUUAAUUCUCUAAAACAAAAAAAAACAA